CAAGCGCACAACAGGACUGCGUAUCCCAAGAGACAACGAGCGUAACGUAACAUGUACAAAGGAGUGACAGGGUUGGUACAUCGGCGCGUCGAGACAGAGCAUUCACUGAAACAUGAAAACCGGAGAACUGCGAAGAAGGUUAUCAGCGCGGCCAGCAGAGGAGAAAAAACGAGUGGGACGCGUAUGCGUAUGCGUAUGUAUGUGUAUGCAAGCGUGCACUACAGCGCGUAAAGGUGGGCGACAUGGAGAGGUCAGAUUCGGGACUGUAGGACGACGGUGUAGUAAGGUGUUCGUGAGCGGCCGGGCAAACGGAUAGACUGGGAUGAGAGACAUUGUGAAAACAAGGACGUCUAAAACACACUCAAGGAAAACAGCAAGAGAGAGCAUAUAGGGGAAGAGAUGGGAAAGGAUAGUGUAUGACAUCGAGAGCGACCAAAAAAACUAUCAUGAGAACAAACAGACGAGAAUUAGAAGUGUGCGAUAGAGGUUGACUGGAGAGGACAAGAGAUGACAUGUUUGGGAAGCAAGAGGGCAUAUGAAAGAGAGCAUAAAUACACGGGCUGUUCUCGACCCGCUCAAGCUGUGAGGACGUAGCGGCCCACUUGUGAGAUGAGAUGACGAUAACCCAGGAGCACGGCGACAGAGGGGAUAUACAGAGCGCAAACUAUCUUGAACAAUCAUUUAGCGUGUGAGGUUUUGUUCCUCGAUUCACCAUAG